AUGAUUCCCGGUACAUAUCGCACGGUCUUCAAGUUGGAAGGUGCUAAAGGAGGAGCUUGUUCAGGGUUCUUCUGGUAUCAUGACGACGAAUCCGAGAUCGACAUUGAGAUCGUGACACCAGGGGACUCACUAGUCAACGGCACCAUCAACUACACGCUGCAUCCGUCAUUAGGGCAAGAUGGUCAGCCCAUUCCGAAUGCCACGCUUUCGGUCCCCUUGGCCCAGUCUCGCCUCAGUCCCGAAACCUUCCAUGAAUACCGCUUCGACUGGCAUCCCCAACGAGGCGUGGAGUAUCACCUAGACGGACAUCUCGUUCACACCAUUGUUCGCAAUAUCCGAACUCAGGGCGGCAACCUUCAAUUGAAGUUAUGGGCGGACGGCAACAAAUGGUGGAGCGGCACACCAAGCACGACUGAUGUGGUGAUGACCGUCAAGAGCAUUGAUGCCUACUACAACACUUCGAGUUCAGAUGCAGCAUGGGUGAAGGCAUGUGCUGCAGCCGGCGGUCCAAGCAGCAAAACUAUCUGUACAAUCAAGUAG